UUAGUACAUGUAGUCAUGUUAGUAGUAGUAGUAUUAGCCAUUGUCGUAGUAGUUUAUGGCAUUCGUGGUAGUACUGUCGAUAGUAUUAGAAGAAGUUAUGGUCGUAGUCGUGAUAGUAGCAUCAUUUGUCGAAGUCGUCGUAGAAGUUGUACUAGUGAUAAUUGUGGCAGGGUAGUAGUCGUACAUGCGGCAGUGGUACUAGUACUGGUCGCAGUAGUUCAUAGUAUCGCUAGUAGUCGUGCUGGUGGCAGCACUCUUCAUCACCCCACAAAUAUUCCCCAGAUGAGCGAGGAGACAAAACCCCUCCUCCUCGUUCCCGAGUAUCACUUUACAGCGCGACGUGACCCUUCCGGAGGUUUGCGGGGGUUCAAACGCGCGGCUUUCCGCUCGUCGUCUUCGCCAAAGAUGAUAUAGGUCAUCACGGUGGCGUGAGACACAAACCUCCCUUUCUAAAUCGACGAAAAGCAUGUCCUCUCGCACCUGUUCCCUCCGCUCAACCUCCUCCUCGGAAAUGAGCAUCUGGACAGUCUACACGAUAAUUUCGAAGAAUGUCGUUCAGAGGAGGCGGAGGACGAGGCGGUGGAAGAGGUGGAGGUUUUUACCGGGGAGGUGGAGGAUAUAAUAAUAACCGAGGCGGCGGCGGUGGCAGAGGAGGCUUCGGCGGCCGGGGUGGGGGUCGUGGUGGCUUCCGACAGCAAGACUAUGGACCCCCGGAAUAUGUUGUUGCUUUAGGAGAGUUUGUGCAUCCUUGCGAGGAUGACAUCGUGUGCAAGUGCACAACUGAGGAAAACAAGGUUCCCUACUUCAAUGCGCCGGUGUACUUGGAAAACAAAGAGCAGAUCGGAAAGGUGGACGAGAUCUUUGGACAGCUCCGCGACUUUUAUUUUUCCGUCAAACUGUCUGAAAACAUGAAGGCGUCUUCGUUUAAGAAACUGCAGAAGUUUUAUAUAGAUCCAAUGAAGCUCCUUCCGCUGCAGAGGUUCCUGCCCAGGCCGCCCGGCGAAAAGGGUCCGCCAAGGGGAGGCCGAGGCGGGGGUAGAGGCGGAGGACGGGGAGGUGGUCGCGGAGGUGGAUUCCGGGGCGGAAGGGGAGGCGGCGGCAGAGGUGGAGGCUUCGGAGGCAGAGGUGGAGGAUUCGGAGGAGGUGGCAGAGGUGGAGGAUUCGGGGGCGGUGGGCGUGGAGGCGGCGGCUUCAGAGGAAGAGGAGGCGGCGGCGGGCGUGGUUUCAGAGGCGGGAGAUGAUCUGCUGUUGGUCUACAAUUUAUCCCAGUCCUCUAUGAGGGUUACAAAGUUGGACAUUGUCUCUUUGGGUGGAUUUCUUUUCUUAAAUUGUCACUUUUUUUUUUUUUUUAACUCGUAUGACUGAUUGACCUUUAUGUUUUAUUAAAAGGCUCAUAUGUAUGCUUGCUAUAAACCUCGAGUCAUAUGAACUUGAACACAUGCAUUUGCAAACAGUCAUUAGUCACAAAUGUGAGGGGGUGUGGAGUUUGGGUUCUAACUUGGUUGAAGUGAAAAGUAUUUUAAUGUUCUGUUGUCAGCAGAAAAUUGUCAUUGAUUAAAUGUUUUUGUAUUAAAUAUUUUGUAAAUGGGGAUAUAACAUAUAUAUUUUAUAUAUUUG